UUUUUGUCUCCUCACAUGCCUGUUUCAUCGUGUUUUUUUUGUUCUUUAUUUUCUUCACAUCGCCUCUUUAAACGACACGUACACUCCUCUAACUGCAUUUCCAUCAACUCCGGUCAUAUUUAUGUCAUAUAAUGUCGACUUUGGACAAAUAAACAACAACAAAAAACCUUUGCAGUCUCAUUAGAGGCUCGUUAGCGUUAGCAUUACAUAGCUACCCUGAUUUUUUUCUUUCUUAACAAACUUUACUGUAAACGUUGGGUUUAUUCAUGAAACUGUGUUUAGUGUUUAUAAGAGCGGUAUACUCGGUGUAAGUGUGAACCAGAAAAAAGGAAAAGUGUAUAUACACACAAGAAGUAAAUGCAGAUGUAUGUGAUUAGCUCAUGUGGCUAAGGGCUGAUGGCGCACCGCAGAUUUCGGUUAAAUAUCUCCACUUCCGGUUUGUUCUUUUGAAAAAUAUAUUACUGUUUUAUGGAGAUAUGGUGAUGUAGCCUGUUAGCAUAGCACAAGCCAACGCAGUCCAGGUUUAGUUUCCGGGUUCGGUUUCGAUUCAGAUUAAUCGAUCAGUACCGGCGCGGCUCAAAUACCGAUUGAUUGAUUGAUUGAAGCGCGCGCCGGCUGUUCACAAAAACCCUGAGAGUGCGCAGUUAGAUUUACAAACCCCGGCCUGUCUGUCUCUCCCUGUCUGUCUGUCUCUCUCUAUCUGUCUGUCUGUCUCUAUCCAGCUGUGUUUCUCUCUCGAUCUGUCUCUCUCUCUCUCGAUCUGUCUGUCGCUACCUGUCUGUCAGGUGUGUUAGAGCUCCACAGUAACAGGGUUGUUCCUCUCCAGUUGAGUCGGUGUCGAUUCGGAGUCGGAUCUUCUGCAGCAUCCCACAUCCAGGUGACCUGAAAGAGAUGGUGAUGGAGAAACCGAGCCCUUUGCUCGUAGGGCGCGAGUUCGUCAGGCAGUACUACACACUCCUGAACAAAGCGCCCGAUUACCUGCACAGGUUCUACGGGAGGAACUCAUCGUAUGUGCACGGGGGUUUGGACAGCAGCGGGAAACCUGAGGAGGCCGUGUACGGUCAGGCUGAGAUCCAUAAGAAGGUGAUGUCCCUGCAGUUCAGCGAGUGUCACACUAAGAUCCGACAUGUGGACGCUCAUGCCACGCUAGGGGACGGAGUGGUGGUGCAGGUGAUGGGCGAGCUGUCCAACAGGGGACAACCCAUGAGGAGGUUCAUGCAGACCUUCGUCCUCGCACCCGAGGGUUCUGCUGUGAACAAGUUCUACGUUCACAAUGAUAUUUUCCGCUAUGAGGAGGAAGUGUUUGGAGACUCCGAGGCUGAGUUGGGAGAGUCUGAGGAAGAGGAGGCAGAGGAAGAGCAGGUGGAGACCCACACAUCUCCUGAACCUGCACAGGACAGCGCGCCUUACUACGAGCCUCCACCAGUUAGUAAUGGCAUGGAGGAGCAGCAGGAAGAGGCAGGGCCUGAGGCGGAACCAGAACCCCAGCCAGAGCCCGAGGCCAAUCAGGAGGCAGAGGCGGACCUUAGCGCUGAGGGAGAGCUUCAGCCUGAGGAGGUGGAGCCUGAUACAGAAGAGAAGCUUACAGAAGAGGUGGAGGAGAAACCCCCGACCCCUGUGUCGGCCCCGACUCCGCCCCCUCAGACCCCUGAACCGCCCAAGCCAUUCUCUUGGGCUUCGGUGACCAGUAAGAAUCUGCCACCCAGCGGCUCUCUGCCCACCUCUGGCAUCCCGCCUCACGUAGUGAAGGCCUCCAGUGUACCACCCAGAGUGGAGGUAAAGCAGGAUUCCCACGCUCCGUUGCCUAGAGACCAGCGACGUGAGAGACCCGGAUUCACACCACGUGGACCCAGACCAGAUGGCGCUUCAGCUGAGGCCCAAGGUGGGAAACCUUACUUCAGCUUUAAAGGUCGUGGGGACUCUGAAGGAGGUGAGGCUGAAGGGCGCAGGACGGUGCGUCACCCCGACAGUCAUCAGUUGUUUGUGGGAAAUCUUCCACACGACAUCGACGAGGGCGAGCUGAAGGAAUUCUUUAUGACGUUCGGGACGGUGGUGGAGAUGCGCAUCAACACGAAGGGUGUCGGGGGGAAGCUGCCCAACUUCGGCUUUGUUGUGUUUGAUGACUCUGACCCUGUGCAGAGGAUCUUAGCAGCCAAGCCCAUCAUGUUCCGUGGUGAGGUUCGUCUGAACGUGGAGGAGAAGAAAACCCGUGCUGCCAGAGAGCGUGAAACCAGGGCCGCCGGAGACAGUCGCCGUGGAGACCGUGGUCCCAGGGGCAUCAUGGGUAACGGGAUGGGGCGUGACCGAGACGGACGUGGCCCACCUCCGUCCUCCUCCAGGCCUACGAUUGGUUCGGGCCGAGGCAGUGGAGAGAGUCGGUUCGCCGGGCCACGUCGCUGAGUGGGUGGAGUCAUCCUGAACUGCGUUCGCUCUAUCGCGUGCUCUCUCUCUCUCUCUCUCUCUCUCUCUCUCUCUCUCUCUCUCUCUCUACACCUCUAUCUCUAUCUCUCGCUUUCUGUCUUUCUCUCGCGCUCUCGUCACAUCAAUGGGCCGAAAAUUUACAAAAAAAUAUUUUUUCCUUUACAUACUUUUGUUUGUUUGUUUCCUUUUUGGAAUGUGACUGGACAUCAACAACGACAACAGCUACUACGAUGAUGAUGAUAAGGACCACCAUUUGAUGUGAAAGAUAAAAACGCAAAACUUUCUUCUCUCUCUCUUACACACGUGCACACACACACACACACACACACACACACUGAGUCGUUUAGAAAAUUCAUCGCUUUCUUUUGUGGGUUUUUUUUUUCUUUGCAAGGAAAAGGGGGCGUGGCUUGUUUUCUGUAGCGCAAAGAGAUGGAUGUGUGACGAAGGGGAACUGUUGAAUCACACGUUUUAUAACGGACAUGAACGUCAACGCUUCGGAAAAACGGAAGAGAAAAAAACGCUCACUGUACACUUAUUUAUUUUGUUAAUUAAUAAAAAAAACAGUGGUGGUGCCUUAAACUGUUCUCUCGCCCGUCUUUCUCUCUCUCUCUCUCUCUCUCUCUCUCUCUCGAUCUGAUUCAUCCUGUGAAAGACAAAAGGACUAAACUCAUCAGGACUCGGGCAUGUGCCGAUAUUAAACUAAACGAUAUUAUUGCGAUAUUAUUGUUUACUGGACCCUCGGCAGCAUCUCCUACGGGACUCGACUUCAUCGUAAGUGAAAGGAAUUAUGGGAUUGCCUUCAAUGAGACAGACUCAAGUGCUGCUGCAUUCACAGAUCCAAAAUACGGACCCUUAAGAAGACACUGUUCACGUUCUGAGUUCCUAACGGACGGACUUUAUUUCGGGAGCCAGCGUUUUUCAUUUUUUCCCCCCCUGCCCUCUCCUCGUUAAAUAUCGUGAUGCGAAUGAUGAUCGGCACAUGCCUGGUCACGUGGAACAGUUCGGCCGUAAAUAAAACGUGCGCUGUUUUUCUUUUUUUUCUUGUUUUCUUUUUAAAUCCAAAAGCUCACUUUUGAAUUACACUAAUGCUAAUAUAGCUAGCAGUUUUCACCGGUUUAUAGCUACCAGGUUAGCGUCAAGACAUCAUUUGUACAUAAAAUUUCAUGAAACAGCAGAUUGUUUGUCUUUUUAAAAAAUAUAUAUAAACACAUCAAAUGUUUCUGAUGUACAAACUAGAUUCAUGCCAACCCCCCCCCCCCCCCCCCCCCCCCCCCCCGACUCAAUGUAUUGUUAAAGUACUUUUUGGUGGAAAAACAGCUGCAGUUUUAUCUGUGAUAUUCCUUUUAUUUGUUUAUAGAUGUGCGUGUCGGUCGAAGCAUCAUGCUGAACUGGUAGCUAUAAGAGCGUGUUAUUUGCUAGCUGCAUUAGCCUAGUAGCUCCAGUGUGAAACUCAGCUGAUCGAAUGUAUUCUGUACGUUUGGUUUUGGGCUGAACCGUUCCUUUAGCUCAUUGUUAACAGCGUGUGUGAUGGUAAGGCAGUGUUAGCGGUACUGAUGAUCUUGGAUAUUAGUACUGUCUCUACGAUAGCGUACGUGUUUAUGAUUUUUGUUUCUUGGUUGUUUUUGCGAGCGUCUUGCUGAAGCAGAGCUUGUUUUCCUCCCUGCAGUAUUCCACGCUGACUUUAUUUCCUCGUCACAAACCACUUUGCACGGCCGGUUUACGCUCUUUUUACAUUUUUUUUUAAAAAUUUUAUUUAAUUUUUUGAUACAACGUUAUAAUGCUAGCACUUUUUUUUUCUUUUUCUUUUUGUUCACUUUAAUUUAGUUUCUCCUCCUCCAGCCUGUAUUUACGCUCGGGGUCGGGUGUUGAACUCCCGUUGGCUUCAGCAGGUUCCGUCUGAAUGUGUUUUCAACUUUCAAUAAACUACUGAUGAUCUGCAAA